GCCUCUAUGUUAUGCCCUACUCCAGGAUACGGUCAGAGUUCAGGUCAGUGCUGGGCAUUGACCCUGGAGGACAGCUGACGCGGGAUGACUUGGAGGAGGCUUUAAGGAAUGCUGCCCUGUGGGCAGAGCUUCCGAUGUGGGCUUUGGCCCAGGAC